AAUUGCUGUGUUUGGUUGCGUAGUGCGUGCAGUGAAAUAAUUUUGAUUAUAUUUUAUAAAAGACUGUUGUCGUAAGUUCGGUGAAGUUUCUUUUUUUUAUUGUUUUUUAUUUAAAUUCUAAAGAUUGCAAGUCUCGUAUACUGGAAGCAAAUGGAUAAAAAUACUUCUUUGGAGAUAAAAGAUGGUGAUACGACGCAACCUCUUUUAAUUGAGGCGCCACCUAUUAGGGAAGUAGAGAAACCUACAGAUGGGAUUGUCAAAAAAAAGAGAAGGCGCGGCAAAACCAAACGAAAAAUUAUGAAACCGUUUCUUAAAGUACCUUGGCAAGAUAGAAGAAAAUACGAUAAACCCAAGAGAAAUAAUAGAUUCCGAAAAAUUGUAGUGGCCAAGACACGCGCUCCUUUCAAUAAUAAUCAAUUUUUAAUGGAAAUACAUAAACCAGAACCGGAAAAUAAUUUUCAUCUAGCGCAAACUCCUUCAGCACGAACACGGGAUUCCAGUUUUAGCAUCGAUUCUGAAGAUAAUUACUUCUUCUCUUUGCCUGAAGAUGAAGAAGAGUACUUGACUAAAGAGUUUUCUAGUGUUUAUGAAGACGCUCAAACAGAACGUUUAUCCAACAUGUCUAAAAACGAAUUGAUUCAAGAGUACCUUAUUCUUGAAGCAAAAUACGACAGUCUCGUAAAGAGGACCGAUCGCUCGAAACCUAAGCUCUCAGAUGAGGAGAAAGAUGGUAAUGACACGGACAAAGAUAAUAUGUCAACAACUGAUAAGGAUAGUAUGGUAACAGACAGAGAUACUUCUGGUACUUCCAAUCAAUCCAGUACAUUAUAUCCGGUUGAACCUACUAUUGCCGAUAUGUUACAGCGCUUGAAAGAGCAAGAGGACCAAAUUCGCGAAUUGAAAUUGGCAAAUGAAAAGUUACAUCAAGAAAAUGAACAUUUACAACAAGCAUCUCAAGGUUCAACAAGUGAAGAUUCAGAAAGUGACAGUUCAUCUAGUUCAGAUUCUUGCAGUAGCUCAAGUCGUAGUAACAGUCCAGCAAACAAUUUACAAUCAGCAGAAUCGAAUGAUAUUAUUUUAAAUGAAAAUGAGAUUAUGAAUCUAAAUGGUGAAAACGGAAUAAUUGAUGCAUCAGAAACUGAAUGUCCGCUUGUAAAUGGUUUUCAUAGUCCAAAUGAAAAGUAGUGUUGUAUAUCAGUGACCAAAGUUGAUUAAUGGAUCAAAAUAAUUGUUGAGUAUGUAAAUAAUAAUUUUAUGAUUGCUUAAUAUUUUAAACCAAUAUGAAUUCAAUUUAUAAUUGAUGUGUUGCAGACUUUUUGUUAAUUUAUGAUUAUUAUUAAUUAGCGCUUUGAUUGUCUUAACGUCAGUAACAUGAGUUGUAACUCUUUAUUGGCAUGAUUUUAUGGAUUUUUUAUCAAUUCUCUUAUUGCUUUGUUUCUUAAUGCUUAAACACUUAAUUAUUUAUAAUGUUUUUGAAAAAUAGGAAGUCACAAAUAUAUAGAAAAUUAUAAUAUAACAACUCCAACAAUAAUUCUGCAACAUAACAAAUUGAAUGGUAGGAACAAGUUAAGCAUAAUGCAUUUAGUUACUUUGCUAUGAUAUUUUAAUGCCCUGUUGUACAAAUUAUUAUAUUCUUUAUCACUGUGGGAAUAUAAAUGUGGGAUCUCAUGUUAGGUUUAGUGAAAUUAUUCUGUGAUAUCCCUGUGGAUAUUUUGUCAGUAGUAAGUUGUGCAUGUCAAAGGUGUAAGUAUUCCAGUUCAGUUAAGAUCUCACUUUUAUGUUUAAACGGUGAGUGUUUAUGCUCUAGAUUUAAGGACAAAGUGUAAAUGAAGAGGUUAAUAUAUGUAUUAUUAUACGAGAUUUAGGCAAGGAAGAAUGAGGAUGUAUUAUACUAAUUUGACUGGUUGUGUAUUACCUAUGUGACCUACCAGAUGAUAUUCUUUUUGUUUAUUUUAAAAUAUUCAUUAAUUCAUGUACUACUGUAAAGCUUCAAUUUAUACUUUGCCUUUAAAAGGCAAAUUAAAUUGCCAAAUUUUUUAUUUAAUUUUUAUGCAAAAAUUAAAAAUACAAUGCUUAGAUUUUUAAACACAAC